UGGAAAAAAAUUUGGAAUUUCCGAAUGGAAUGGUACAUCGGGAAGGGAGAGAGAAAGAGGAUGAGAGAAGGUAGUUCUCGUUCAUGGAAACGUGGCGUUCAUUUUCGAAACAGAACUUUGCUCUCCCCGCGCCAAACAUUCAUCAAACCAUCAUGCACUGUUACGAGGAGGGAUGGACAUUUAACGCUCGCUCUGUCAUACAAAUCACGAAAGAAAAAGUUACCGCCUUUGGACGUGUUUCUGCGCGAUUUUUGAGUUUCUCCCUCUCUCGAGGGCUUCGACAGUAACACCAUAUAUCAGUUUAUGGCCAGUAUCUAAUAUUCCUCUUGGAAAUUAGGGACUACUUAAAUUAAAUAAAAAAAAAAAAAUCACGAAAGUAACGGGAUUAUUAUUGAAGCAUGUCAUGCUCGAGUUAUCUGUACAUGCAUACUGUAAAGCUAGAAAAGUGUGGAUCAUAUGGGACGAGGGUUCGAGCUGAAGUAACUCCAAUACUGCGGAUGCGGAUAUUGCUUUGGUGACGGCUUGUUUAAAAAUGGCGCACAUUUUCGAUUUGUUCUCGCGAGAGAACUCACGAAACACGCAAUUACCUUGCGAAGAUGGACGAGAAAAUCGCGAAAGAUGCGUCCCUCGACAAAACAGCGCGAAAACUUACCGAUGACAUGCAGAACAUGUCAAAUUAUAAAGCCCUUUAUAACGAGAUACAGAGAAUCGUUGCUUCGCCCAUCGUAGAUAAAGAUGAUUUCAAGAAUUCAUUAAUCACAGCUCUGAAAAAUAACGGCUUGGAGACGGAGAUCAGAAACACAGUGUUUCACUGGGCACGAUCACGGGGUUCACUGCAUUCUCGAUCAGUUUCGCAUAUACAGGUGACGGAUCUGAGCUACUUAAAAAAGACUCAAAUUCAAUGGGAACGACGUAUUCAAAAAUCAUUGAAUUCAACUUGUAGUGAAUUAAAUAUUCCAUUGGCUCGUAUAAGGCUUACUACCGAUAGAGACGAAUUGGCGGAAAAAUGGAAUGAAUUGAGUACUUACGACAUCGAUUUAUCACAAUAUCGCCCAUUGUAUGCGCCAAAGGACUUUUUGGAUGUACUGUUUUCCAUACGUGAUCCUUCUUUUAAAAAACAACUAGAUGAACUAAAUUGGGAUUUCAGUCAUAUACAAAUUAAUGUAAAGACACUUGCACAGUUGAGACGUAUGUACUCAGGAUUAGCACAGGGAAUGCCAUUACUUGGUAUAAAUCCUGAUAUGCCAGCUACAGAAAAUUUCCCAAAUUUAGAAGCCGAGCGAACGCACAUUGGGGAAAAAGUAUUGAAUUCGAAUCAUGCUCCGAUCGCCCAAGAAUUUCUUAAGAGAGGAUCUCCUCGAGCAUUGCGCGGUCGUCUCUGGUCGCUCGUUCUGGGAUCUGUUAUCAAAGAUAAUGACAUAGAAUAUUACGAAGAAUUGAAAAAUAUGGUUUUACAAUAUGAUAUUGUUGUAGACAAGUUAAUAAUAAUGGAUGUACAAUUAACAGCGAGAAACGACGAUCAAUAUUUUGUAUUUGAAGAUGUCUUGUAUAAAACAAUGCUAUGCUUCUCAAGAGAUUCCGAAAUACUUGCACCAGUCACAACUGACAGAAGCGCUGGUGGUCAAGUGAUCCACGCGGUUUUGCAAGGCAAACCAGCGACGUUAGAAAAUACCUUAGUUUUUCCACCAAGCGGUGUUAUUCCAUUUCAUGGAUUCACAAUGUAUGCUACACCAUUUUGUUAUUUAUAUGACAAUCCCUGUGCUAUGUAUUAUACCUUUCGUGCAUUCUAUCUGAGAUAUUGGUUUCGUUUACACACUGUGUCAAGUCACGAGCAAGGUAUAGUUGCUCUCUGUUUACUCUUUGAACGAUUACUGCAAUGCCAUGAACCACAGUUGUGGAUCCAUUUCAAAAAUUUACAUAUUCAACCUAUAAGAAUAGUUUUCAAAUGGCUUAUGAGAGGUUUUAGUGGUCAUUUACCACCUGAACAAUUAUUAUAUCUUUGGGAUUUAAUACUGGGUUAUGAUUCAUUAGAAAUUAUUCCUCUAUUAGCAGUGACAAUAUUGAGUUUUCGAAAAGAAAAUUUACUGCAAGUUAAUACCCAACAAAAUGUAGAGGCAGUAUUAGCAGAUUUAUCUUCGUUAAAAGUGAUGCCUCUACUGCAGCUAGCUCUUCUUAAAGAAUAAUACAAUUUUUAUUAUGUAUAUAUAAAAAAAAUCACAUUACAGAAUUUGUAAAUUUUUAUGUCAUUUCUCUUUUAUCCUACGUAUGUAUUCAGUGAUUUUAUUCAUGAAAUAUCGAUAUCGGGGAAUAUUAAUGUAUAGAUGUCACACGUUGAAUAAAUAAUAGACAUUAUAAACUUUAUAUCGCUAAUUUUCAAAGCUGUAAAUAAUCGCUUAUAUCUACGAUAUCUGACUUGAAAUAAUGUCAUCGCGUGGGAGGGAUAAAGGUCGCCGGUGUCUCGAGGGGGAGAAGAGUGGAGGGAGAAUUUUCCUGUUUC